GAAAGAAUACUGGGCUGGUUUCCUCCGUGUCAAGCAUUCGUGAGUCAGUUUUCCAGCUCGCUCUCAUCUUCUGAAGCCUAAGCCGGCUACACCUUCCUCCUUCCUUCCGCCAGCAGCCGUGUCGUUGCGACUCCGCCACCAUGUUCGAGGCGCGCCUGGUCCAGGGCUCCAUCUUGAAGAAGGUGCUUGAGGCGCUUAAGGACCUCAUCAACGAGGCCUGCUGGGACAUCAGCUCGAGCGGCGUGAACCUGCAGAGCAUGGACUCGUCCCAUGUCUCCUUGGUGCAGCUCACCCUGCGCUCCGAGGGCUUCGACACGUACCGCUGCGACCGCAACUUGGCCAUGGGCGUGAACCUCACCAGCAUGUCCAAAAUACUGAAAUGUGCUGGCAAUGAAGACAUCAUUACACUAAGGGCUGAAGAUAACGCGGACACCUUGGCACUAGUAUUUGAAGCUCCAAAUCAAGAAAAGGUUUCAGACUAUGAAAUGAAGUUAAUGGAUUUAGAUGUUGAACAACUUGGAAUUCCAGAACAAGAGUACAGCUGUGUAGUAAAGAUGCCUUCUGGUGAAUUUGCACGUAUAUGCCGAGAUCUCAGUCAUAUUGGAGAUGCUGUUGUAAUUUCCUGUGCAAAAGAUGGAGUGAAAUUUUCUGCAAGUGGAGAACUUGGAAAUGGAAAUAUUAAGUUGUCACAAACGAGUAAUGUUGAUAAAGAAGAGGAGGCCGUUACCAUAGAGAUGAAUGAACCAGUUCAGCUAACUUUUGCACUGAGGUACCUGAACUUCUUUACAAAAGCCACUCCACUCUCUCCUACAGUAACACUCAGUAUGUCUGCAGAUGUACCCCUUGUCGUAGAGUAUAAAAUUGCUGAUAUGGGACAUUUAAAGUACUAUUUGGCUCCCAAGAUCGAGGAUGAAGAAGGAUCUUAGACAUUCUUAAAAUUCAAGGAAAUAAAACUAAGCUCUUUGAGAACUGCUUCUGAGAUGCCAGCACAUACUUAAGCCUCUUUUGUCUUUGUACCUCUGAGUACAUAUGUAGAUAUUGUUUUCUGUAAAUAACUUUUUUUUUUCUCUAUUCUCUACAGUUUGUUCAAAGAGUAAAGUCCAAAGUCAAAUCUGGUCUUGUUAACCUAGUAAUAACUUUGCCUUACCUAGGAAUACUCGUUAUAAUUUUUAUAAACAAAAGGGUUUUGACUCUAAAUGCAGUUUUAAGUAUUGUUUUC